AUGAAGGCACUACGGCUCGAUGGCUACCUUACCAUACUGCUGUGUUUUUACUUUCCGCUAGUCACCUGCACCGACGACCUCACGGUGAACCAUGACAACUCCAAUGGCACGAACAGCUUUCCAGUAUUUUUUCGGAGCCGUUUCAAUCCCCGUACGAUGCAACAGAAUGAGCGACUCAUUUCGGCACUAGAUGACACCGAUGUACAGUCGGGCAUGAAUCCAUCAGCGGGUCCGAUAUCAUCAUUUACAUGGAGCCGUAAACAUUCCAACAACCAACCGCUUGUGCCGGACGGCAGUAACGCUACGAACGAACAUGUAACGCAUCAAUCAGCUACUCUCGAUCAACCCGUAACGGAGUCGGUAACGGUAGAGUCGCAGACAGAGGACGAGUGUGGAAUUCUUUCACCGGGCGUGGACGGGUUCCCGUGGAUAGCCGUGCUGGAACAUGGCGGAUCACAAACCAGCACCGGUUUGAAGCGUACACUAAGCAAGGGCAUCCUGAUCGACCGACAGCACGUGCUCACAACCGUGUCCAGUGUGCACAAUUCGCAUCCCACCUGGGUCGUUACGAGCGUCCGGUUGGGCGACAUCCCAACGCGUCGUCAAACGAACGUCAACCGUACCAGCCUCGCGGUCCAGCGUGCCAACGGCACCCAACGGUUCGGCAUAGAAACGGUCUUCCUCCAUGAAAAGAAAGACAUCGCACUGAUCCGUCUGGCGGAUGGGGGCGUACGCCAGUUGUCCGACUACAUUCGACCCAUCUGUUUGCCCCGGGAAGAUUACCGGCUCGAGAACUUCAAGCUAACCUCACACGUAUGCCAACGGCGCACAGAGUCGCACGGUCGUGUUAGUCGUAGCAGGCUGCAACCGCUUGAACUGAUCAGCAUAGACACCUGCAAUGAGCUUGUGCGACCUUAUGGCGCACGGUUGCAGGUGAAAAGCUUCUGCGCGCGUGAAUCUGCCAACGAUAACUGCACCGGCACGCUCGGUGGUCCUGCAAUUGCUAACGUACGCGGCAAAUACCAUGUGCUUGGACUACGCACAUACAUCCAAACUGAGAUCAACGUCGAGGGGCUGGACAUUCCCAGCGUAUACGUACGGGUAGGUGGACUACGCAAAUGGAUAUCAGCAGUAAUAAAGGCUAUCAGUGAUUGA